AUGGCAGGAUCGAAAACUGAGAGCGCUGUGCGCUUCCCCGAAAGGGACAGCCAGACCCGUCGUCUGCGCAACCAAACCACCCAAGACAAGAAGGCUGUGGCUCGGAUGCAAGAUCAGGGUGCUUCGGCUCAAGCCAGGGUUGCGAGGGCUACUCAUGCCGGUGAGGAGUGGACGCCAGUCGAGAACUUCGAGACCGCCAUGGACCAGGACGGCAACCCAGUACCUGAUCCCGCGUAUACCGACUAUGAAAAGAUGAGGCAGCACAAGGGUGGCGAGGACGAGGCUGAUGACUAUGUUGCUGCUAAUGCAAACUUUGACUAA